GCCACAAUGGGAAGUGAGUCACCCGUUGACCACACAAGCUUUUGUCUCCAGGGCCAAGGAGUGAAGCAUGAUAUCCCCAAAGCUCUGGACUUGUUCAAUCAGGCAGCGGAGCAGGGUUUCCUCCCAGCUCUCACAGCCUUGGGAUGGUAUUAUCAGGUCUUUGAGAAUGACUACAGGAGGGCCGUGGAGUUCUGGGAGAAGGCCGACGAGAUGGGGGACCCCGUGGCCCCCUCCAACCUCGGGGCCUUCUAUGCCUACGGCCAGUACCCGGGGAAAGGCAGAGAUGAGGAAAUACAGCUUACCGUCAGAAAUCUGGCUGUCCGAGCAACAGCCCCCCUUGCUGAUUUGCUCCUCGGUGCAGGUAUUUCCCACUGGGAAGGCAUGAUUUCCAUCGAGGGAGGAGUCACCCGUAUUGAAUUCGCCUGGUGAAGCUUCAGGCUCACUGGUCCCUGGUGGACAAGUUACAAAGCAAAACACGUACGAUCAAAGAAAAGCAAGAAUGAAGUUGGAACGUUUCAGCA